GGCUCACGUCUGCGUGACAGUUGUCUCGGGGGGGAGGGCGAGCCCAGACUAGGGGGAGGGAGUGUAAAUAGAGCGAAGGCGGCGGCCUCCGACCCCGUCGCUUCUCGGGCGCCCCGUGAGAAGCCCUGGAGGGCAUGGAAGAAGACGAGCAGGAGCAGCGGCGCAGGAAGGUGGAGGCCGGGAGGGCGAAGCUUGCUCACUUCCGACAGAGAAAAACAAAAGGUGACGGUGCGCAUCCGAAGAAAAAGACGGCGAAGAGGAAGGGCCCGGCUGUCGAUGCGCCUGUCCAGGAGGAGGGCCCGGUAGCCCCCGAGGGUGGUGGACUCCUGGGAAGAGGGGACGUUUGCAAAGACGCGUCGUGCGGCGACACCCCCAAGGGAGCACAGGCGGCGCAGCUGGAGGACCCCAGUGGAGAGAGGACAGGGCACUCGGAGCAGCCACAGCAGAAGCUGGAUGGCGACCACUUGGAACAGCCUGAGGAUAUCACAGAGGAAUGCGAACAAGAACGUCAGCUAGAAUCUGCGGAACUGACGAGAAGACAGAAGGGUGCCGUUGGCGCACAGCGGCAGGUGGCCGGGGGGCUUCAGCAGCCGACAGAGACGCGGCAGCCGGUGCCCGCGCUGGAGCUGGAGGCGCUCCGCCUGAGUCUGAGCAACUUGCACGCGGCGCAGCUGGAGCGGACGCAGGCCACCCUGCAGCGGGAGAAGGAGGCCGCGCUGACCGAGCUGCGGGCCGCGCUCAACGGCCGCCACGCCCAGGAGCUGGCCCUGCUGCGGAGCCGGCAGCAGCAGGAGCAGGCGCUGGCCCGGGAGCAGCACGCGCGGGAGCGCCAGGAGGUGGAGCUGCGCUGCCGCCAGGAAACAGCCGAGCUGAAGGAGAAGUUACAGUUAGAAAUGGAGAAGAACGCACGGAUGCUAGAGAACCUGAAGCAAGAAUGGGAAGCCGAGAGAGAGUUAUGCUUAGAAAACCUACGCAGAGAAUUGUUGGCAAAGCAUCGGUUGGAGUUGGAGAAUUUGCAAGACCAGUUUAAGAAUGAACUGGCAGAACAGAAAGCUGAAUCGGAGAAGAUUUUUCAAGCCAAAAAUCAGGCUGAAUGUGCGCUGAGGACUCUGGAGACGCAGCAGGACGCGGCCCUGAGGCAGCUGCGCGAGGACCUGCAGUCCGAGAGCAGUCGGCACGUGCGGGACUUGGAGCAGAGGCUCCGCGACCAGGAGGCGGCCAAGCAGCUCGAGUUGGAGAGCCUCCGAGCGUCGUACGCCGCGCUGAAGGCCCAGUCGCAGGAAGAGAUCCGGCGCCUGUGGUCCCAGCUCGAGUCUCCGGGACGCGACAGUCAGGACCCGAGCGCAUUCCACGACCAGCUCCCGGCCCGCACGCCUCACGGGGAGGAGCAGGAGCACCGGAGGUGGGAUCCGCGGCAGCGGCAGCAGCAGCGAGAGGACUCUGUUCCCGAGUCUGCACGAGUCAGUGCACCCGGCGUGUUUCUAGAGGAGAGGACUGGAGAAGAAGGGAGAGAGCACCUCGAGGGACCCCGCCUUCAGCCGGAGUUGGAAGAAAACCACCGGAGCCCGUCCUCGCUGGAAACCCGGCAGCAGGUGGGCCGCGAAGGGACCCCGGUGUCGGAAGGGGAGCAACGUGUGGGGCUCUCAGAAGGGCCCAGCGAAGGGCUCGCUCAGGCGCCUCUCCCGUGUGUGCAGGACACGGCCUCGCAGGUGGAGGCCGAGGUGGCAGCCAGAGUCUUGCGUUUGGAAACUGAGCACAAGCUUAAACUCUCGCUUCUUCAGACGGAGCUCAAGGAAGAAAUUGAUGUCUUGAAACUAGAAAACAGAAGUUUACGCGAGAAGUUGCAGGAGGCGAUCAGCCUGAAGGAGGACUGGGAGAGGGUAAAAUGUGAGUUGGUAGAAGGUCACCAGGAGGAGCUGAAGAAAGCGAAGGAGAAACUGGAGCUGAUGAAGCAGGAAUCCAGAGACAGAGAAGCAGGAUGGAAGGUGGCAAGUGAAGUCCUAAAGAGAGAAGCUGAAGAGGAACGGGCGCUGGCCCUCCUGCAGCUCCGGGAGCAAGCCGAAGCCGAGACGCGGUCCCUGGUGACCAGGUUUGAGCUGCGGGAGCUCGAAAUGAGGCGGCUUCAGGAUCAGCAGGCCGCCCAGAUCCGGGACCUGGAGGGGUCCCUGCUGGAGCAGCAGGGCCGCCUACGGCAGCUGGAGCUUGGCCUUGCCGGGGAGGAGUGUCCGCAGUGUGGCCGGGAGCCGGGCGGCCGUCUGGCUCCCGCAGACCAGGGCGGGGAGCUCGCCACGCUCCGCCUGAAGGAGGACUGUGCCCUCCAGCUGAUGCAGGCGCAGAACAGGUUCCUGAAGGAGCGGAAGGAGAUCACGGAGAAGUUCGCGGCCGAGCAAGACGCGCUCCUUCGGGAGGCCCAGGAGAAGCACAGCCGCGAGCUCCAGCGGCUCCAGGAGAGACACCAGCGGCACGUGCUGUCCCUGACGGCCGAGCUGGAGGCCGUGCGCCGCGCGGAGCAGGAGGAGCUGAGAGCCUCCGUGGAGGGGGAGCAGCGGGCCCUGGCGCAGGCCCGUGAGGCCGAGAUGCAGUCCGGGCACGCGGCCGCGCUCCGGGCUCUCGAGGCCAGACACUCGUCCCACCUGGAUUCUCUGGAGUCGCGCCACCGGUCGGAGGUGCAGGCCCUGCGGGAGCAGCACCGCCGGGCUCUGGAGCAGCUGAGCGCAGAGCUGGAGAAGCAGCGGCCGCACAAGGACGCCUCCCGCCCCGCGGCGCCGACUGGGGAGCGGGGCCAGGAGCUCCCGCCCGCGGACGGCGGCUUCACGGCACAGACGGAAGCGGAUCCGGGGGCUGCCGGGGUCGCGCAGCAGUGUUCUUUUAUACAGGGUGAAUUUGAAGGGGAAAAGAAAGCUGCUUUGCAUGAACAGGAGGAGAUCCCUAGGCUGGAGUGUGAGCAGGCACAGUCUCCUCGCCGAAAAGAGGAAGAGUCUUUGUUUCUGCAGCUUCAGGAGAAGAAUGACCAAAUUCUACGGCUGAAAGACCAAAUUUUAUCCUUAAGUCAAGAAGUAGACGAGUGCCAUUCUGAACUGGAGAAGCUCCAGCAAAGGCGUGAAAGGGAGAACCAGGAAGGCACAAAUCUCAUCUCGAUGCUGAAGUCCGACGUUGAUCUGUCUGACCGUGAAAGGAGGGCUCUCCGGGACGCUCUGCGGAGGCUGCUCACUUUGUUUGGAGAGACGCUGAGGGCUGCCGUCACCCUGAGGAGCCGCAUCGGUGAGCGUGUGGGGCUCUGUCUGGAGGACGAGGGCCUACCUGACGCGCGGCCCAGUGGCCAGGCCCUGUUUGCAGCCCCAGUGCUCGAUGAGACGUGGCCUGCGGCCGAGGCAGCCCCGUUGGAGCUGGACCGAACUUUGCCCGAGUGUGCGGAGGUGUCUUCCGAGGCUGAAAUUAGCAGUCACCUCUGUGAAAGCUUUUUCAUGAGCCCAGAAAGUUCGCUGGAGUGUGAGCAGCCAGUUAGGAAGCUCUACCGGAGCCUCGGCCUGGCGGUGGACGGCCUGCUGGAGCUGGCUCUGGACUCCACCCGGCAGCUGGAGGAAGCGCGUCAGAUCCAUUCCCGUUUCGAGAAGGAAUUCAGCUGUAAGAACGAGGAGACCGCGCAGGUGGUUAGGAAGCACCAGGAGUUACUGGAGCGCCUGGAGGAGGCGAGCGCGGCCCGGACGCAGCUGGUGCUGGAGCUGCACCAGGCUCAGGGCAUCAUUGAAGGGUUCAAGGUGGAGAAGACCAGCCUGCAGGAGGCGCUGGGCCAGAAGGAGGCGGCCGAGCAGGGCCUCGCAGUCGAGCUGGAGAGCCUGAGGCAGCAGCUGCAGCGGGCGGCCCGGCAGAAGGCAGAGCUGGAGGAGCAGAACUCCGCCCUGUGCGCCCAGAAGGAGGCCUUGGCCGCCGAAGCGGGAGAGCGAGAAGCCGCUCUUCGUAGGGAGGUGGACGGUCUGACCCAGGAGCAGGCGGAGGCCAGGAAGCAGUCGGAGAAGGACCGCGCCGUGCUGCUUUCCCAGAUGACGGUGCUGGAGGCGGAGCUGGAGGAGCAGCAGGCCCAGCAGGAAGCGAGCGCCCAGCAGGCCGAGGAGCUCUGCGCGCUGAGGCAGCAGCUGGCGGCUCUGGACAAGCAGCUGCGGGGCCAGCGCCACUUCAUGGACGAGCAGGCCGUGGAGAGGGAGCACGAGCGGGAGGAGUUCCAGCGGGAGAUCGAGAGUCUGGAGGAGCGGCUCCGACAGGCGGCCCGGCCGCGGCCCCGGGGCUCCUGCGGCAGCGAGCAGGAGCAGCUGGAGGAGGAGGUUAAAUUGUUACAAGAAAAGUUGCAAGAGAAAUCAGAUGGGUUUAAUGAGUUGGCCGCGAAGAAGGAGUUGGUGGACAGACAGAUGUUAGUCCAGGACGAGGAGAUCCGGCGUCUGGAGGAGACCAAUGCCAGCUGCAGGAGGGAGGCGGCCGCGCUGCGGGAGGAGCUGGAGAGGCAGAGGGACUCGGUGAAAGCCUUGCAGCAGGAUAAGGCGGCGCUGGAGGAGCAGCUGAUGAGCCAAUUGCUUCUGGUGUCCACUCUGCAACCCGGGCCUCCCGCAGGCAGCCGUCCCGAGGGCCCCGACGUCCAGUUAGACGCUGUGCAGAGCGCGCUCCGGCAGCGAGAGCAUGAGGUGUUGGACCUACGCGAGCAGCUGGAGACGAUCAGAGACGACUCUGCGUGUGACAGCGACGAGGUGCUACGCCGGAACGCGAAGCUGGGGGCGCAGCGCGGCCGAGCCGCCGGCGGCGCGCGGGAGCUUGCGGAGGAGAACGCCGGCCUGAAGGCGUUCCUUCAGAGCAAAGAGGAGGAGAUCGUGCGUGGGAGCGAGCAGCUCGGGGCACCGCGGGCCAGCGUGGGAGGUGGCACGCUUGGUGAGGUCCCGUGGGACAGGAGCUCCGAGGUCGAGGAGCUGAGAUCCAUCAUCGAGAACCUGCGCGAGAACCAGCAGCGCCUGCAGAGAGAGAAGGCGGAGGAGACGGAGCGUCUGCACGAGGUCAUCGAGAGGCUGCAGAGAGAGCUCUCGCUCGGGGGGCCCGCGGGGCCUGGGGCUGAGAGCGGCCGGCCGCCGGCCGUCCCCACCGUGGGACCCGAGGCGUUGGCGGCGGCGGGGGCCACGGGCCAGCUGCUCGUGGAGCAGGAGCGCAGGCACGGCCAGGCCCUGGAGGCCCUGCAGCAGCGGCUGCGGGCUGCGGAGGAGGCCGCCGCGACGCAGCUGGCGGACCUGGAGCGCUGCGCGGCCCGCGGGGAGGCGCAGGUCCGGGGCCUGGCCGCUCAGGUCCAGGCCUUCGAAGCCGCCCUGGAGGCCAAGGAGGCCAGGAUCGCGGAAAGGGACUCAGAGAUCGACGCCAUGAAGCGGCAGAAACUGGCCCAAUCGGCGGAGCUGGAGACCCUCCUGGCGGCCUUUUCCCGCUUCCGCCUGGCGCUGGAGCAGCAGCCGCUGGCCGCCGAGACCGAGGGCGAGCCCCCCGAGCUGCGGCGGCUGCGGGCCCGGUGUGUCCGCCUGGGCCGCCAGCUGCAGCUGCUGCACCUCCGCUUCCUCAGCUGCCAGGGGCAGCCGGAUGGGCAGCAGGCGCCGCGGGUUCACCUGCACCCUCGUGUGGAGGGCCGCCCCCAGGGCCAGGGCCCCAGGGCCGCAGGGGCCUCGUGGGACGAAGAGUCACCGCUGCCCACAGACCUGCAGGGCCAGGCUGGGGACACACAGCGUGCAGCUCCCGAGGACUUGGAGCCGGCCGAGGCCCCAGGGUGCUUCCGCCACCCGGCUCUGCACAGACGGGACAGCGUGAUGUCGGUGCUGGCCGCGUGCCAGAAGCAGCUGCAGUCGGAGCUGCUCUUGGCGGAGACCGAGAUGCACGUGAGGACGGAGGACGGCGGCCAAGGGCCGGGAGGGGUGCAGAAUAAGGGAAAACUACUGGAAGAUUGUCAGCCAUGGAAAGUUGGUCUCCUAAGUCAGGUGAAAGAACUUCAAGAAAAGUUGAACCAUUUGCUGUAUUCUGUGAACUUCCAGAACAUUGAGACAGAGGAUUUCAGACUUCAGCCAGUGGCAUCUCCACGUGCUCUAGAAAACAGUUGGAGUGAUUGUUCUGAUAAUGGUGAAGAAACGGAUAAAUCUCUUGUUGAUGCGUCUCGUAUCGAGAAAACCACAUGUGAUCUAAUCAACCUCAGUGGAAGUCAGGAUCCACUGAUAAAAAAUGAAAUGUCGGAUGUUCCCGAGCAAGACCAGGUUGAUUUGCAGGACGGGUCACCUUGUUUACAAGCAGGCUUCCACGGUGGCUCCCGUGACCUGGCCCAUCCUGAGAGGCCCGGGCCCUUGAAGAACGCACUCCGGGGAAUGGAUCUGUCCUCCUGGAGCUCGCCGGAGGUUGUCAGGAAGGACUCGACCCUUGAGCCUGCACCCAGCCUGCCCCUGACGCCGUGCUCAGACUCCCUGAGCUUGGACGCCUCCCUGCAGGACAGGACCGGUGCCUCACUGCAGGCAGACCAGGUGGAGCUGCUUGGGUACCUGGGUGGGUCAGCAGCAGGAAAGGCCUCCACGUGGGCAGCAUCUCCCUUGGCUGCAGAUAGGGCGCCCUCCGCUGACCGCCAUGUGCAGUGGAUGUCUGUGGAGAAAGAUGUUGAAGAUUUUAUUGUAACAUCUCUUGACGCUCAAGAAAAGCCCAGAACCUGUCCUCUCGGGUUUGAAGGGAAAAACAACGGAAGUGAAAACAGUGAUGGCUCGGGGUUUGGAGAGAUACUAAACCAAGGUUCGGGAAGACUCGACGCCUCCACUGCUAGUCCUGCAGUGCUGCCUCCUGCCUCUGGAAAGUUCCGGCAGCCGCUGGAAGCCAUGAAGGAGAAGGGAGUCCAUCUGAAACAAGUGAAGGCCCUGCUGCAGAUGGUUUGUGACGAGAGCCACCACAUACUGGCCUUGUCCGAGCGCCACGGGCCACCCAGCACCCUGAGCAAGGGCGAGCCGAGGGCCCCCCUUGAGUGCUUCCCAAGGGAGGGCUCCAGGCUUUUGGAGGCGGUGCCGGCCCUGCGGAGACAUGAGACCCUAGCCCUCCAAAAGGGAGAGAAGGAACCUCCCGACACGUGUCUUGCCUGGAGAGGAGAAUUUCUGCAGGUUGUGCAGGAGGCAUUUGGAAGAGAGUGGGAGGUGCUGAGGGCCGAGUUGCAGCCGCAGGCCUGUGCUCCGGACCCCGGGGACCACAGCUCCCUGCUGCAGCGGCUGGAGAAGGUGGUCCAGGAGCAGGAGAAGUCCUUGGAGCACCUCCGUCUGUCGGACAGGAGCAGCUUGCUGGCGGAGAUCCAGGCCCUGCGCGCCCAGCUGCGCAUGACGCACCUGCAGAACCAGGAGAAGCUGCAGCAGCUGUGCGGGGCGCUGACCAGCGCGGAGGCCCGCGGGAGCCGGCAGGAGCACCAGCUGCGCAGGCAGGUGGAGCUACUGGCGUAUAAGGUCGAGCAGGAGAAGCGGAUAGCCAGUGACGUGCAGAAAACCCUGAAGGAGGAGCAGGAGAAGGCCGGCAGUGCGCGGAAGCUCCUGGCGGUGGAGCAGACCGCCGUUCGAGACUUGAGAGCUGAGCUCCGUGAGUGCAAACAGGACAACGAGAGGCUGCUGGCCUCCCUCAGCGAGGCGCAGAAGGAGGUCCUGCAGCUGAGGUCCGUGCUGGACGGCAAGGAGAGCAGCCUGAAGGCCGCGCUGCAGGAGCUGGAGUGUGAGCGCGGGAAGGAGCGCGCCCUGCGGGGCCGGCUGGAGGAGCAGCGGCUACGGCACCUGCGCGAGGAGGGCCAGAGCUCCAAGACCCUGGAGGAGCUGAGGUCGGCCCUGGAGCAGCAGUGCGCCCAGAGCAGCCGGCUGCGCGUGGCCCUGGAGCACGAGCAGACGGCCGCGGACAACCUGCGGCGGGAGCUGCAGAUCGAGGCCUCCCGCUGCGAGGCGCUGCUGGCGCAGGAGCAGGGCCAGCUGUGUGAGCUGCGGCGCAGCCUGGAGGCCGAGAAGGGCCGCUCGCGGGAGCUGGCGGCUGCCCUGCGUCACGAGCGGCUGCUGACGGAGCAGCUGAGCCGCGGCGCCCGCGACCCCCCAGCGCAGCAGGCCCCGCCGCGGAGGCCGAGGGACGAGCGGGCGCAUGGGCCGGAGCCGCAGGCCCGACUGGAGCAGAUGCAGCGGCGGGCGGCGGAGCUGGAGCGGGACAAGGAGGUAAGGGCGGCGCACGGCCCCAGCACGGAGCCGUCCCCGGCCCGGGAGCCCCGGCUGGCAGCCGCGGGGCCACCAGCGGGACUAGAGUGCGCACAGGCGAGGCCGGCCGCGCGGGAAGGACACAAGGACGCAAGAAGGCGAGCGGAGACGGGGCCGGGCCGGGCCGACGCGGAGCUGCGGCCGCCGGGAGACAAGGAGAAACGGCGAGAGCUGGAGCUGCAGCGCCAGCGAGGCGAGCACAAGAUCCGGCAGCUUCAGCGGAUGGUGCAGGCCCUGCAGGCGAAGGAGGCGGCUGGCCAGGCCCCGGAGGCGGAACGGCUGCAGGAGGAGCGGCUCGGCCUGGAGAAGGUCCGGCAGCAGCUGCUGUGCGCCGCCGGGCUCCUGACCAGCUUUGUCAGCCGGACGGUGGACAGGACAAUUAGCGACUGGACGUCAUCGAACGAGAAAGCCGUGACCUCCUUACUGCGCACGUUAGAGGAACUCAAGUCUGAGCUGAGCACACCCGGACCCUCCCAGAGGAAGAUGACGGCGGAGCUGCAGACCCAGCUGGUGGACGUCCUCCUGAAGGACAACGACUCCCUGACCACAGCCUUGCGCACGGUGACGCAGGAGAAGGCGGAGCUGUGCCGGGCGGUGUCGCAGCUGGAGAAGUCGCUGAAGCAGCACCUGGUGCGGCGCAGUGUGUGCAGUAGGCCGGACAAGUCUGUGUGGAAGCAGGACGGGACGGGCUUGCAGAGCUCAGCGCGACAGCCUGACCCGGCACCGCCCGCGCCAGCCGCACGCGAGGAGGCCAACAGCUGCAGCGUGCAAGUGGAGAAGUUGUACCUGCAUUACUUGAGAGCAGAAAGCUUCAGAAAAGCUCUGAUUUAUCAAAAGAAGUAUCUUCUGCUAUUGAUUGGCGGAUUCCAGGACUCUGAACAGGAAACGCUGUCCAUGAUCGCGCAUUUGGGAGUGUUUCCUUCCAAAGCAGACAAGAAAAUGACACCUUCUCGCCCUUUUACGAAGUUUCGGACGGCCGUCAGGGUGGUGAUCGCGAUACUAAGGUUGCGUUUCUUGGUUAAGAAGUGGCAAGAGGUAGAUCGGAAAGGGGCCGUCAUGCUGGGCCGAGCGCCCCGUCCAGCGGUGGCCGGGGAAGGAGUCCCGGUUCCACGCCAGCAGGCUCCACCCAAAACCAGCACGUCCCCGCCAACCCGGGACGUGUCCUCCAGCCACGCCGGGGACCGUGUGCCCAAGGCCUCCCCGCGCAGGAGGGAAAGAUCCACUCCGUCCCCGGAUUCGAGAUCCGAAAGAUCCCUGGCUGCUUCUCAAGACCCCGAACGUUCCUUGACGGAAUAUAUUCAUCAUUUGGAGAUGGUCCAGCAGAGACUGGGCGGGGCCCCUCCAGAUUCUGCUUCAAAGAAAUCUUGCCGCCAGAAGAUUAAACAGUGAAUAAAACCCUUGUGGCUCUUACCAUGACAGUUCCACUUGAGGAAAAGAUUUGUUUUUUCCCUUUUCUCAAGGAAGACUCAUGGCGUGGCGUGGCCUGUGCUCAGUGGCUGGUCUCCUCCGAGCCUGAGACGCCAGCCCCAGGAGCCGCUCGCGGGGCGUCCCCACCUCCCUGCGAUGCUGGCGAGCCCGGUGGAGGGUGUUCUGUGUGACUGCCGUGUGUUUGAGCUCCUAACCUUCCGAAGGGGGCGCGCGCCCGGGGGUGACUGGUGCCCGUCCUGCUCGGUGUGAGCGGCCAGAGCUGGCCUCCUCGUUGUUGAUUUUCUGAAAGUGUACAGAUGGGAACUUGGUUUAAAAACAGAAACACCCCAAGAACAAAAAGAAUAAAAUCAAGCACUAUUUUAUUUGUGAAUG